AGUAUGUAUUGUGUUACGACUUCCAGCUGGAUAAAUAAAAGUGAUAAAACGUUAAAGAUCAACAAAAAUGUCUGCCUUAAGCAAUGUUUUAGACAAUAAGAGAAUGCAAAUUAUAAGGAAUGAAUUCACCCAUUUAGGAGAUAAAUGUUACUUAGAAAACGCGGGAACUGCAUUAUAUCCUCAAAUACAGUUAAAGAAAAUAAAUGAAGAUCUCUUAAAUAAUGUAUAUUUGAAUCCACAUUCAGAUAAAUAUACAAGAGACUGUAUAGAACAAAUCAGAAACAGGGUAUUGAAGCAUUUCAACACUAACUCAUCAGCAUAUACCCUGAUAUUUACAUCUGGAACAACUCAGUCCUUGAAACUUGUUGUUGAAUCAUUUAAAUUCCAAAGCGAGGAUGUUAACGGAUCAUUCAUGUAUCUCAGGGACAACCAUACAUCUGUUCUUGGAUUAAGAGAAAUAGCGAAAGAAAAAAAUGCUCACGUUAUUCAUAUAACACAUAACGACUUCCUGAAUUCAUUGCAAUCAAUACAAUCAAAACCUAGAAAUUAUGAGAGAGAUAGUAAGAAAGGUAACAUUUUAUUAGCAUAUCCAGCCCAAACUAAUUUCAAUGGGUUCAAAUAUCCCUUAAAUUAUAUACGGGACAUCAAAAAUGGUUGUCUCGGCAGUUACCUGAAGAAACAGCUUUGUGAAGUGGAUUGUAAUUGGUAUAUACUUUUGGAUGCUGCUGCAUUUGUAGCUUCAAACAAAUUGGACCUAUCAGUUACACAACCGGACUUUGUUUGUUUAUCCUUCUACAAGAUAUUUGGUUUCCCGACUGGUUUAGGAGCUUUGUUGGUGAAAAAUGAUAGUGCGGAUGUAUUAAGUGAGAAGAAGUACUUUGGAGGUGGCACCGUAGACAUUGUGUUAAGUAGUGAAGAUUUUCAUGUAAAACGAUCAUCACUUCAUGAAAGAUUUGAAGAUGGCACCCUUCCAUUUUUAUCAAUUAUCGCUCUAAAACAUUGCUUCGACACAAUGGCACUGUUGAUACCUAAAUUAGUAAAUAAUAAUAUUAUGGAUACUAUAUCUUUUCACACAUUCCAUUUGGCUAAAGAUCUGUAUGAACAAUUGAUUGAUCUUAAACAUCUGAAUGGUAACAGAGCAGCGGUAUUGUAUAUGGACUCUGAUUUUACAAACAUAAAGAAACAAGGAGCGAUAGUCGCAUUUAAUCUGUUAAGGGAAAAUGGAUCUUAUAUUGGAUAUGCCGAGUUUCAACACAUGGCUGACUUAUUUAAUAUAAGCGUUAGAACCGGUUGUUUUUGUAAUUCUGGUUCGUGUCAGAGACAUUUGAAUGUAACAAACAAAGAAAUGAAGAGCAUGCAUAAAGCCGGUCACAAAUGUGGAGAUGAAAUGGACUUAGUCAAUAACAAACCUACCGGUGCUAUAAGAGUAUCGUUUGGUUACUACAAUACGUUUAAUGACGUUGAUAGAUUAAUUGCAAUGAUAACAAGAUGUUUCGUCAAGAGACAAUAUCAUCAACGUAAACGUUUCACAGUUUCGUUCUAUGAGAAGCAAAUAGAUACCAAUGAAACUGAUUUUAUUAAGGAAAUAUACAGUGUGAAUGAAAGUUAUGUCACGAAUAACAUAGACCCAACAACUGAUAGUACUGAAUCUAAUAUAAAAUUAACCGAACUAGCCAUAUUCCCUGUCAAAUCUUGUGGGGCGUUUAAAAUUAAAACCGGUUGGAUGAUUGGGACUAAAGGAUUCGAAUAUGACAGAGAAUGGAUGAUUGUUAAAGACAAUGGCGUGUGUUUGACACAGAAACAAAAUAGCCGCAUGUGUAUGAUACAACCAAUUAUAGAUUUAAAUAAGAAAUGUUUAACACUUACUUUUAAAGGAAUGCCGUCAAUUUCAAUACCUCUAGACCCGCCAAAUACAAAACUUCAAGAGAUGUCAUUAUGCCAAAGCAAAGUAUGCACAGAUGUCGUCAGAGGGUAUGACUGCGGUGACUUAGUAGCAGACUGGAUAUCAAAUGCUUUAGAAAUAUCAUAUCUGAGACUUAUAAGGCAAUGUUCAGAUGACAAAAGAAUUCAGAAGAAAAACAGCGAAAAAAUGCUAUCACUUAGUAAUCAAGCGCAAUUCCUCUUGAUAAACAAAGCGACUGUUAGAUGGUUGAAGGACAAAAUAAAAGAUCCAACAUUCACCGAUGACAUUGAUACAUUGGUUGACAGGUUCAGAGGAAAUAUUAUUAUUGAUACAAAUAAGGAACUCAUUGAGAGAGACUGGCUUAAGAUUAUCAUUGGAAAAAAUGAGUUCAAAGUUGAAGGUCAAUGUAACCGCUGUCAAAUGGUCUGUAUAAAUCAGAACACAGGACAAAAAACGGUCGAACCUCUCAGAACUAUAGCUGAAGAAUUUGGCGGGAAAUUACGUUUUGGAAUUUAUUUAAGUUAUAUCGGACCCAUCAAUGGUAUGAAGGAUAGAAGUUUAAAAAUAAAUUUACCAAUAAAACCUCUUUUAAGUUAAAAUGUUUAUACACAGAUUAUAUCUCAUUUUAUAUUAAUAGUAAAAUGAUCUUAUUCAAAUGACUUUACUUAGAUUAAAAAAUAUAGAUGAAUUUUUAGAUAUACUUUAUAUCUCAUAUUUAUAUUGAAAAAUUAACUUUAUUGACUAUAGUGACUGGACUAUACUCUGGCCACUCAGGUCAUUAAUCCAUGGAGAUGAACUUGGCAACUGAAUGUCCAUUAGGGUGAGGGUUUUUUUGUUUGAUAGCCCAUUUGUCUGGUGGUUCUCAACAAAGAAAAAAAUUUUGAUUGGACCACUUAUUUUAAUUUUCCUAUGAAAAACAGAAACCAUCUCCAAAAAAACAGUUUAGUAUCAAUAUGCUGAGGUCACUUCAAUCAAAAUGUACCAAUAAAUGUGAAGGUGUGUCUCCUAGCAUGUACUUUAAUACAGGGAUAUUUAUUAUAGAUUCCUAAAAAAAUUCCUUAAAAAACUGUUACUUAUAAUAAUGUUAAAUAAUAAUAAAAUUCUUGAAUAACUGUUUUAAUAUUCAAAAUAUUUUUAUAACUAAGAGAAUAUUUUUAAUAAUUUUACAAUGUUUCUUUUAUAACAUUUAAGUGAUCACUUAAUAAGACUAAGACUUCUAUACAUGUUAUAUUAAACAUUAUAUUGUUGUCAUAUUUUGUUAUCAGAAUAAAAUGUUAUGAUAUUGCACAGUUUA